UUAACCUAUCCAGACAUGGACGGAGGCACGGAGUUCGCGGAGUAUGAGAAUGCAGAGGCAGUGGAUGCAGUCUCCUCGCCAUUCGAGCUACUGGAGCCCCCUACUUCUGGAGGCUUUCUGAAGCUGUCUAAGCCGUGCUGCUACAUCUUCCCAGGUGGAAGGGGGGACUCUGCCCUGUUUGCUGUGAAUGGAUUCAACAUCCUGGUGGAUGGCGGGUCCGACCGGAAGUCCUGCUUCUGGAAGCUUGUUCGUCACCUGGACCGGAUUGACUCCGUUCUGAUCACCCACAUCGGGGCGGACAACCUCCCGGGCAUCAACGGGUUGCUCCAGAGGAAGAUCGCCGAACAGGAAGAGGAGCGUCAACAGGGAUCCGACUCCGAUGGGGACUGGAUGAAGAACCUGAUCUCUCCCGAGCUCGGGGUGGUGUUUUACAAUGUUCCAGAGAAGCUGAGGAUGCUUGAGUCCACAGUGAAGGUAAAGCGCAGCAUUGAGGAGGCCUCUCUUACGUUGCAGUACCUCAACACGCUCGGCAUCAAGCCGGAACCACUCUUCAGGGUCGUCAGCAACACUAUUGAACCGAUCACUCUUUUCCACAAACUUGGUGUUGGGAAACUAGACAUGUACGUUCUGAACCCUGUCAAAGAGAGCAAAGAAAUGCAGUUCCUCAUGCAGAAAUGGGCUGGGAACAGCAAGGCCAAGACUGGCAUUGUGAUGUCCAAUGGGAAAGAAGGAGAGAUCUCUGUCCCUUAUUUAACUUCAGUCACAGCCCUCAUUGUUUGGAUUCCGCACAGUCCCACAGAAAAGAUUGUGCGUGUGCUGUUCCCUGGAAAUGCAUCACAGAACAAGAUCUUUGAGGGGCUUGAGAAGCUGAAACACCUGGACUUCCUGCGAUACCCAGUGGCGACUCAGAAAGACAUAUCCUCUGGAGCACCACCGCCUAUUAUCAAACAAACUAAAAUCAGAUCAAGGACCGAUAGCAAAGAAAGUCUGAAAUCCUCCCCCAAACCACACACUAAGACCAGCAAGAAAGAAACCAGUGGACAAGAAGAGUCCAAAAAUGACCUGAGUAAAGAAAACAAAGUAGAGAAGAAAGAGGAGAAGAAAGUCAAAAGCAUUAGUACAAAAGCCACCAAGCAGCAGAAGAACAGUGAGGUAGCUCCCCAGGCAGCCAAACUGGAGAAAAAGAAAGUAGCCAAGGACAAAGUUAUCAAGAAAGAAAAGACAGCCAAGAUGGACGAAAAGAAAGACAUGGAGAAGAAAGAAGUCAAGAAAGAGAAGCGUGAAGUCAAGAAGGAAAACAUCAUGAAGAAAGAGGAUAAAAAAGACUCCAAGGUCAAGGAGGAUAAGAAGAAAGACCCGAACAAGCCUGAGCUAAGAAAAAUCACUAAACCAGACCUGAAGCCGCUUACUCCUGAAGUUCGGAAGACUUUACACAAAGCAAAGACUCAGACUAAACCCAAGACGGACAAAAAUAAAUCGGCCAAAGAGCAAAUGGAGGAGAAAAAGGCAGUCCCCAAAAAGGCCCCGGAACAAGCAGCUGCAGCUUCUAUAAACCGGUCCGUCCUUUCCUCCCCUGAGGACCUCACUGAGGACUUCAAAGCCCUUAAAAAGGACGAGAUGUCCACCCUUCGGAGUGAGCCUAUACAAAAUGAUAUGAUGUCCCAGCGUUCGGAUUAUACAGAUGCUAAAAUCUUCACUGAUGAGAAAAUAACAUCUCCAGACACAGAGUCUACAUCCCCUCUGCCGCUCAACACAGCACAACAGGGAGAAGAAAGCAACGAUGAAGGGCCAUCGGAACCGAUCUCUGACAUAGUGAAGAAGGAAGAAAAUGGUGGGUUAGAUAGAACGCGUGAGGAGGAUAAAAUGGAAAGAUAUGAGAACUUGACAAGAUCCGACAUCAAAGACACGUCUAGGAGGAGCGACAGCUCAGAGGAGGAGAGUGAUGUUAUUGAAAAAGCAGACCUGGAGGGAACAGAAGACGAUGAGGAGUUCAAGUACAAAACAGAGGAAGCAAAGAAAGGAAAGGAAUCUGGAAAAGAGUGGAGCACCAUGCCAACUGAACAGAAACCCCUUUCGGCCAUUGCCACAGCUGGGAAAGCAACAGCAAUGUCCGCCUCAGAAACAUUUCAGUUAAUCCAAGAUGAGACCAUUCCUGGUUACUCCGAAACAGAACAGACCAUCUCUGAUGAGGAGAUUCACGAAGAAACAGAAGAUAGGAUGCCACAGCUUCAGUAUGACACGGCCUCCUAUAACAUUUCGGUCCCUGACGUCCCAGGAACGUUUGACUCCAUGCACGGCAUGAAGGAGAUAAAGACCCCCACUGUCUCUAAGGUGGAAGACGUUAAACCCAAAGGCUUCAUGGUAAGUCAUGAUCCCGUUCUUUCAGCAUUUCCCAGCAUCAUCACGGCUCCACUCGCAGAGGAAGAGCACAUCUCCUCUGCCACCUCGAUCACCGAGUACGACAAACUGUCUUCCUUCCCUACAUCCAUGGCAGAGGACCAGUCCAUAGCAUCAGUGACUGCACCUCGGACCGAGGAGACUGGGAAGAGCUCACUCCACCUGGACACCAUCAACGGCAUUCCCUCCCGCACUGAGGCAACCCAUGGGAAAGAAUAUCUACACUCAGCAGGAACUAUCUCCCCCACUUCCUCCCUGGAGGAAGACAAAUGUUUCAAAUCACCUCCCUCUGAGGAGUACCAGCCAAUUAUUCCCGAGAUGGAGGCUAUAGAUAUGAAGGCCAAACCAGUCCAAGAGGACGAAGAUGAAGAUGAAGAUGAGGAUGAGGACCAGACUCCCAAUGUUGACAUUCCUCUCGGUAAACUUCAUGAAGGCUACGAGAGGGCUGCUUCGGCGAUGCUCCAGGAGAAGGAGAAAUCCUCUUCAGCUACUAUGUUUUCACCUCCUUCCUCUGACACUGAGCCCUCUCCGACACGGCCCACUGAAGCAAAACAAGCUUCAUUUAGUGACGAGUCAAAGAGUAAAGAGUCUGCAACUUGGGAUGAAAAGAAGUCACCUUCACCACCUUCAUCAUUUUCCACAGGGUUAGUUUCUGGCUCCAUGCAGGAAAGUUUAGAAAGAUGCCUAAGUCCAGAUGACAGCACCAUGAAACUUGCUUCUCCUACACCGUCAAUCCCCACCAGCAGUGGCUACUCUCCAACUGAGGAAAAGCCAUUUAGGAUGGAGGAAAAUGAAGCUCAAACUUUAGGCAAACUAAAUGCAGCUGAGACUUUAAGCAAGCCAAGUGCAGACAUUCCGAAAACUGACAACAGUGCCGUUGGUCUCUCCGAUGAACACUCAACAUCAGAAGGCUCUGAGGACUCUGAGGAUGAAGAGGAGGAUGAAGGUGAUUAUUAUGUCAAGAAAGACCUACAGCCUGUUGUGAAUGCAAGGCUCAUGGAGGAGAAGGAGGGGAGGUUCCUAGACGAUGACGACCUGUCUGACUCAAAGCCUCCUAUGGAGGGAAAAGAGCAAAAUGAACUCUUAGAAGAGUAUGACAUAGAAUCAAAGAACUACUCACAGGUCAAGGACUCAGAAAAAACUAAAAACAGACAAGGCAUUGAAGAACAGCCCAAACGCCAUGUGAUGUAUUCAGAUGAAGAAGACGAGGAAGAGGAUGAUGAGGAAGAUUAUGGUUUCCAAAGUGGGGGAGGAUCUAAGACUUCAACGGCUGAUCCUAUCCAACAUAUUACUAAAGAAGACGGCAAAGAAAAACCAGACCAAACUGAAAUCCAAGAGCAGGAGAAAAGUGUUCAUUUUAGUCUCUAUAACUGCCCUGAGAGGGAGAGCAAAGAAAAGGAGUCCGAAAGGGACAUGAGGCAAGAUACCCCCUAUGUGCAUGGCAAGACAUUUUCCUAUAGUGACAUUUAUGAUUGCAAACCAAGCACGCUUGACUCUAAACAGGGGGCUUCUGGGACAAUGGAGAGAGCCACUGUAAAAAGCAGUUUGGAUUCAAAGAAAGAAUCGGACGGCUCCCCCUGCCUGCCCACAGCCCCCCACAUAAAGCCAGAGGAAGAGGAAUAUAUCAGCUCUUACGAAAAAAAUCGCUCCACCUCAUACGGUCUUGAGGCCAAAAGCCCUGUAAAAGACGUUGAAAGAAGUAAGAAAGAAACAGAUGUAUAUGAGUAUGGCAGAGAUACCCGUUUUCCUUCUGUGGCUGAUAGGCCUGAGGCCUCUUCCACCUCCCUGUCACCAGAAAAAGAGGCACUCUCCUUCAAAGAUCACAGUGACAGUCUGAAGUCUGGUGCAUAUUCAGAAAAAUCCUCUACCGCAAGCUACUACGAGAAGGUUGCUUCACCAACAGCGAGAGAUGAAGAGGAUUACGAUGAUGAUGAAGUUAUUGAUGAUGAUGAUGAUGAGGAAGAAGAGGAGGAGGAAGAUGAGGAAGCUGCCAGCGAUUCAGAUAAUGAGAAAGGAGCCAAAGAAAAAUCUGAGAAGGACGUCAAAAGUCCAGUCAGCCAAAUGAUAGAGUCCAAAAGGACUGAGUUCAUGGUUUCCAUGGCUGGCUAUGGUUAUGACAGUCAGAGCAAACCAAGCACCACCGAAAGCAGUGCCUGCCCACCCUUCAAGGCUGAAGAGAAGGCCAAAGCCGUUUCCCCAUCCUUCAGCAGCAAGCCCACAGACGUAGGAGCCACAGGGUUCUCUGGCUCCUCCACUGGGUUUCAAUAUUCAUAUGGAAUUGGAGAUAAAGACUCAUGCCUAUCCAGUCAGAUUAAAGACAAUGAAAAGAUGGACAUCUCCCUAAAAUCAGAGGAUCGCUAUUACCAGAGCGACAGAUCAGAUUCUGAUUAUGAUAAACAGAAGACACCGGACCAUGUAGGAAAACCCUCUCUGGACACAAGCUUUCAGUACACCUCUACAGCAGCUCCUGCCUACUCUUCCUCUUCUGCCUACAGCUACUCCUCCUCCACCUCUGGCUCUCUGUCCACCAGCCGGCAGUUUGGAGAGGACCUGGAGACCCCUGCCACAGCAGAGCCUCUGUUUGAAUACUCUUCCUUCAAAGACGAACCCUCCCCAAGCAUUGACUCACCCUUCUCCAGCUCUGGAGCCACAAAGGAUGAGUAUCUGGAAGUGUCUGAGAAACAGAUGAAUGCCCUAUCCACCACAACCUCCACAACAGAGCCCAACUCUAGCCAAGCUCGCUCGUCACCACUCCCAUUCCAUGAGGUCAAGAGCUUUCCCUCAAUCUCUUCCACUGCCUUUGCUGACGACCACAAAGUGGAGUGUAAGACAGGCUUGGAUGGAUUCACAGAGAAGACGCCUCAGUCUGAGUACUUCUAUAAACCAGGUUGGUCUGAGGACUCCAAGCUGGAGACAGCUAGUGGGUUCGGGGCGUCUGCAGGAGCAUUCGGCCAGCCGCCACCACCCUCAAAAGACACAGAAUCAGCCGCUGCUGCUCUUUUCGGCAUCACCUCCUCACCUCGCCCGGAGACAGCAAGCAAGCAUUACUUUGAGGAGACAGAUAGCAGUGAGGAAGAAGAGGAUGAGGAAGCCUACGUGCGUGAGGUCGCUCAGAAGUCUCCAUGCGUUGACGGCCUUAGCGGUGCCCUCUCGUUCUCUGAAAAAAUAAGUGAGCCUUUCCCCACCAUGAGUUCAGGUGCUAAGGUCCCUGAUGUUCUUAGCUCCUACAAACCCUCACCAUUUGAUAUAAGCAAGCCUGACACAGCCAAUGGACCCACAGAGGUCAGCAUGAGCUCUCCUGUCACCCCUGCAGCAGCGGCGUCCGGGGCCACGGCCCCCAGCUCCGCUAGCUACAGGGGUACGUACGAUUGGGAGAUGCCCAAGCCUCAGAUCGGAAUGGUUCCCGGAGAUUCGCCUCCACAUUACCGCCAUGAGGAUGAAUUCGAAGAGGAGCGUGAGACGGAACCAGAACGACCCGCCCGUCCUCUCUCCCUCUCCUCUACCGACCAGGCAUUCCGCUCUCCGUUCUACGCUGAGGAGUGUAGCCAGGGCGGGAUGGAAGACGACGACGAGGACAGCGACCAGGACGAGGCCGAGGGUGAGACACAGAUGGGGGCGGCCUCCUCUUACGUCAGCCGCAGCUCCCCAGGCUACUCCGCCUCGGAGCAGAGGCAGCGCAAAGGGGACCUCUCGCCGUCCUUCAUCAACCCCUGCAUGAAGCACAUGUCCAGCGAGGAGGAGGAUGACGAACAGGGAUGCAGGAGUGACCAAUCCCAGGAGGGCAUUGAGCACGAUCUGUCAGUCAAGAGAAGGGCCAACCGACAGUCGUCGCAUCAUCCGUCACAGAGCCAGGAAACUGCCGCUAUGUACCAACCUGGUACCAUGUCCAUGGGGCUGGCCCUGGCUACCGAGGACACCCCGCCGACUUCAGUCAGCGAGUCUUUGGCCUCUCAGUCUGACUCAGACGUCCCUGGCGGCGCUGAAGAAUGCCCCUCACUCCCUGGAGACUGCAACAUGGACUCAGAUGACGAUGCUGUGUACCUGCCUAGGGACAAGGCCACCGCUAUGGCAGGAGGCAGCCAGCGCUCUCCCACCGCCGGCAGCCGUGACCCUCCUCCUACCCCCUUCAUGGACCCUCACCCACGUCCCCCUCACCCUGAUGUCUGCAUGGUGGAUCCAGAUGCUCUGGCCCCCGAAGGCCUCACAAAGAAAGAGGCCAAACCCAAAGGCCUUAAGAAGACCUCUGGCAAGACCAAGUCAGCUUCCCCUGCCAGACGUAAGAAGUCCCCCAUGCCCCUUAAGCAGACCUCGUCCCCUCGCACUUUGUCCCUAAAGAAGAAAGAGGCAGACAAGAGCUCCAGGAUGUCUCGUUUGUCAGACGGACAGGGAUCCAAGGAUGACGACCUCUCCAGGUCAAGCUACAACCCUGGAAAGGCAACCACCAACGGUGUCAAGAGCAGCUCCGGCUCUCUGAAGUCAGGCUCAGCCACCCCCACCACUGGUAUGCCCGUUUAUGUGGACUUGGCCUACAUUCCCAACCACUGCAGUGCCAAGAACAUCGACCAAGAGUUCUUCAAGCGCGUUCGAUCCUCAUACUACGUUGUCAGUGGCAAUGAUUCAAGCAGUGCAGAGCCUAGCCGAGAUGUCUUGGAUGCGCUGCUCGAUGGGAAGGCCCAGUGGGGAUCAAACCUGCAGGUGACACUGAUCCCAACCCACGACACGGAGGUGACCCGGGAGUGGUACCAGCAGACCCACGAGAGGCAGCAGGAGCUCAACAUCAUGGUGCUGGCCUCCAGCAGCACUGUGGUCAUGCAGGACGAGUCCUUCCCGGCAUGCAAGAUUGAGUUUUAA